CGUCUGUACCCCCUCACGAAUUCUAUUUAAAACCGUCCCAUCCCCGGUUCUGCGCGCUAGUAACAUUCGGUGACAGACAAGAGGCAGCUAUUAUUAACGACACACCGCUCUCUCGUUAGUGUUCAUAUUUUACGUGUAGUGUAACAGAAAGUGCAGUUUUUUUAUUCACCAUGUCUAACCGCAACAUCCCUAUCAAAAUGGGUGACUUCAGUGUUAUCGACACGGAGUUUAGCAGCAUCAGGGAAAGGUUCGACGCCGAAAUGAGGAAAAUGGAAGAAGAAAUGAACAAAUUCAGAUCUGAACUUACCAGUAGGGAGGCGAACAACUUCUUCAGAAGCACAACCAGGUCGUACGAAUCUGAAACGGUGACUGGUGGAAAUAAGUCUUCAUCGACGUCCAGUUCAACGACACAGCAAAGCAGCACAGGAUCAGAUUUAGCCCACAGAGCACCAAGUGGUGAUGUCAGAACAUGGUACGACGAUCUCAACUCUCCCCUAAUCCAACAGGACGGUAACGAAAAGAGCCUAAAAUUAAGAUUCGACGUUAGUCAGUAUGCUCCAGAAGAAAUUGUAGUCAAAACUGUUGAUAAUAAACUCUUGGUUCACGCCAAGCACGAAGAGAAAACAGAAUCAAAAUCCGUAUACAGAGAAUACAAUAGGGAAUUCUUGCUGCCUAAAGGAACAAAUCCCGAACACAUCAAGAGCUCAUUAAGUAAAGAUGGCGUCCUCACUGUCGAAGCACCUCUCCCAGCUAUCACCUCAGGGGAAAAAUUAAUUCCAAUCCAACAUUAAGUAAUUUAAAAUUCCUUGUAAGCCUUCGAAGCGUUUAUGUCCGCUAGUAAAUACUCAUCGAUUAAUUAUUUAAAAUGUAACAACUCAUGUGACUAACAAAAUUUUUAUUUUAUUUCAUUUUUAAAACCUGGCAACGUUGUCUGGCUUGUUUAGGAUAAGUCACAAAUUUAGUGUUGGCUCUAAAGUACUUACUGUCUACACAGCACAAGUCACAAAUCGUUAAAUACACCAUAAACCUCAUGCAUCGUUGCCGGAUGGUUCAAAAGCUCAUACUAUUUGUGACUAUCUUCUUGAUGGCGGCCGUAAACUUGAAGGUUGAUUAACAUCCUUUCACAAAGCUUAAUUAUGCAAUGAAAAUAAUUUUUAACAACUUUAUUUGUGACAAAAAAAUUGAAGCUAAUGUAAAAUUGUUUGGUUAAAUUCUUGUGAAGGUCUAUGGUUCGAUGUUCAAUAACCAGCAAUUUCACCGUAGGCGUAGUGUAACAAAUUGUAUCAUGUGUAGGAUAUUUACGAAUAAAUUAUUUUUAAUCUCGUA